GUAAAUCUUAACAAGUAGGAGCAUGUGCACCGAAGUAAGUGUAAGGUGAGGUAGCUGAAAGUGAAAGGUGGAAAAUGAAUGUGUUUAAAAAGCGCCCUGGUCCCCCUGCACUUUUUCAGAGAUCUGUGUCAGUGCAGGAUGGGGAUUCUACAAAAGUGAGAGCUAGUUUGAAGGACUAUCAUUGGUGCUAUCAAGUGAAAAGCAAGAGGACGUUGGAAGAAGCCGAUUUGGAUUUAGGGAAGCUGCUUGGAACUUACCGAUGGCAGACUCAUCCCAGACUUCAAUGGAAAGUGGCCAAGAGGCCAGAUGCAGCAAGGACUGCUGAACAGCCUUUGACGGUGUCCACGCUAAUUGUGGACAGUCACCAAGAAGACUCAGAAGAGAAGGCUGUCAUGCCAGCAACAAGGCCAUUUCGGGUUCCUUUCUGCAGAUCUUUAUCUGAACCUGCCCCACACUGGAAAGAGAGAAACACAAAGCCACUUCUGCAACCAGAGUGUGGGGAGCAGGACAGUUAUUUUGUCCGCGGCUUCUUUUCUACAAUCUCCAGCAGCUUUUCUAAGGCACUGAAUCGGAAGGGGGAGCAGAAUGCUGCCGUGACAAAUGAGGGAGUGGAGGAUAGUCAGGUGGAUUUGACUGAAGAUGUGAAAGGACCACCAACCCACAGGCUGUCUUGUGGCCAGUCCCCUGAUUCGGAAACUAUAAUAUGGGAGACCAAGUACUCCAUUCUGACCGACAGCCAACUUGUGCUGCUGAACAAGGAGAAGGAGAUGGCUGUCGAAGGAGGGCAGGAACAGGCAUCGGAGCCUUCCAAAGGGCGUUGCCUGCGGCGCACUGUGAGUGUUCCUUCAGAGGGUCAAUUUCCUGACUUUCCACCAGAGGGAGCUACUAAGCUUGAGGUCCCAGCAGAGAGGUCUCCUCGCAGACGGAGCAUCUCAGGGACAAGCACAUCAGACAAAACAAACCCCAUGGACCCAUCAAAUACAUCUCCAUUCAAAGUGCCGGGGUUCUUCAGUAAACGGCUUAAAGGGUCAAUCAAAAGAACCAAGAGCCAAUCAAAAUUGGAUAGGAAUACCAGCUUUCGUCUUCCAUCCCUUCGACCUAAUGAGGACAGGUCUCGUGGUUUACCAAAGCUGAAAGAGUCUCGUUCUCAUGAAUCUUUGCUGAGUCCAGGCAGUGCUAUAGAGACAUUAGAUCUUGGGGCAGAAGAGAGAGUCUUCAUCAAGCCACUUCAUAGCAGUAUACUGGGACACGACUUCUGCUUUGAGGUAACUUAUUCCAGUGGCAGUAAAUGCUUCAGCUGUUCCUCAGCAGGAGAAAGAGACAAGUGGAUGGAAAACCUACGGAGGGCAAUCCAACCAAACAAGGACAACUGCCGACGAGCCGAAAACGUGCUCCGCCUUUGGAUCAUCGAGGCAAAAGACCUGCCCCCCAAGAAGAGGUACUUUUGUGAGUUGUGCGUGGACGAUAUCUUAUUUGCCCGCACCACCAGCAAAAUGAAGAACGAUAAUAUCUUCUGGGGAGAGCACUUUGAAUUCUCUGGCCUUCCACCUGCCCACAGCAUCACAACCCACAUCUAUAAAGAUGUUAAAAAGAAAAAGGACAAGAACAACUAUGUGGGUCUGGUGAACAUCCCCAUAGCUGCUGUGACUGGUCGGCAAUUCGUGGAGAAGUGGUAUGCCAUCAGCACUCCCACGCCUAAUAAAGGGAAGACAGGUCCCUCCAUACGGAUAAAGUGCCGUUACCAGACUAUUACCAUCCUCCCCAUGGAGCAAUACAAAGAAUUUGCUGAAUUUGUGACCAACAACUACACAAUGUUAUGCUCUGUUCUGGAGCCAGUCAUCAGCGUCCGGAACAAAGAGGAGAUGGCCUGUGCUUUAGUGCACAUUCUUCAGAGCACUGGCAGAGCCAAGGACUUCUUGACUGACUUGGUGAUGUCCGAAGUCGAUCGUUGUGGGGAGCAUGAUGUGUUGAUCUUCAGGGAGAAUACACUUGCCACUAAAGCCAUUGAAGAAUACCUCAAGCUAGUGGGACAGAAGUAUCUGCAAGAUGCUCUCGGUGAAUUUGUCAAGGCAUUGUAUGAGUCGGAUGAGAACUGUGAAGUGGAUCCCAGCAAAAGUUCACCAAGCGAGCUAGCCGAUCACCAGGCCAAUCUUAAAAUGUGUUGCGAGCUAGCCUUCUGCAAGAUCAUCAACUCCUACUGUGUCUUUCCUCGGGAGCUGAAGGAGGUGUUUGCAUCAUGGAAGCAGCAGUGCCUCAACAGGGGGAAGCAAGAUAUCAGUGAACGUUUGAUCAGUGCCUCGCUUUUCCUCCGUUUCCUGUGCCCAGCCAUCAUGUCGCCAAGCCUCUUCAACCUCAUGCAAGAGUACCCUGAUGACCAGACCUCUCGGACACUCACGCUGAUUGCAAAGGUUAUCCAAAAUCUGGCAAAUUUCACAAGAUUUGGGAACAAAGAAGAAUAUAUUACAUUUAUGAAUGACUUUCUCGAGCAUGAGUGGGGUGGCAUGAAACGCUUCCUGAUAGAAAUUUCUAAUGCGGACACCAUCUCCGGCACUCCAGGAUUUGAAGGCUUCAUAGAUUUGGGACGGGAGAUCGCUGUCUUGCAUUCCUUGCUGUGGGAAGUUGUAUGUCAGCUAGACAAGGGUGAAAAUUCCUUCCUACAGGCAACGGUAGAAAAAUUGGGACCUUUGCCACGCAUCCUCGCAGAUAUUGCGAAGGCCACAACAAACCCCACGCCGAUCCAGCAACAGUUGAGACGCCUGGCAGAUCACAACUCAAGCCCCAACGUCAGCCUCUCCUCAGGGCUGCAAAAAAUCUUUGAGGACCCUGUUGACAGUGAGGUCAAAUUGAAGUCGCCACCCCAGGAAAAUGAAGGGUACUUCAAAGGCAAGUUGUCGCUGAUUCAACAGUCAUCGUCACGAAGUGUGACUUACUCAGACAAGAGUGACGAGACUAACAUGCCCAAUGUCCGAAGCAUAUCGCUGAUGGAUCUCCAAGAUCCCAAUGUUGUGCAGUGUGAUUCCGGGUCCGUGGUGCAUGAUGCUCCGGUACGUUUAUCCGGCAGCCAGCUUUCUGUCGUCCAGGUGGCGAACAUCAAGCAGCUCCACAGCACACCACAGAGCACCCCUCAGGCCAGGAGGCCUCUGCACACAGCACUCAACCCGCAGGCCCCUCUGACUGCCCUUUUCUUCAAGAACCCUGUUUACCAUAUGACCAACCCCGCCCAGCCUAUGCCAAAGGUGUCCAUGGACUCCAGCUUGGAGAAUCUGAGUGUCACCAGUUCCCGGAGCCAGAAUAGCGAAGACCUUAAACUCAGUGGUCCGAGCAACAGCAGCAUAGAGGACUUCACCAAACGCAGCACACAGAGUGAGGACUUUCCCCGACGGGGCACAGCACUGGACAAGCACGUGCCCAUGGUGUUACCUCGCCAGAACAGCACUGAGCAGGCCCAGAUCCGCAAAGUGGAGCAAGUGGGACUGGGUGCGAGAGCCAAGGCGCCCCAGUCCCUUCCGCACAGCGCUUCUCUGCGAAGCACAGGGAGUGUGUCCGUAGCAUCUGCCACAAUGGCAGCGGAGCCUCUUCAGAACGGCAAUCGGUCCCGGCAACAAUCCUCGUCCUCCCGGGAGAGCCCAGUUCCCAAAGUGCGUGCCAUCCAGAGGCAGCAAACGCAGCAGAUUCAUUCACCUGUAGACUCUGCCACAAUGUCACCUGUGGAAAGGACAGCUGCUUGGGUCCUCAACAAUGGGCAGUAUGAAGAGGAGGAGGAAGAUGCUGAUCAAAACCAAGACGAAGCAAAGCAUGCAGAAAAGUAUGAACAGGAGAUAACCAAACUCAAAGAUCGCCUGAAGGUGUCGAGCCAGCGCUUGGAGGAGUAUGAGCAGCGGCUCCUGGUGCAGGAGCAGCAAAUGCAGAAGUUGCUGAUGGAAUAUAAGGCCAGGUUGGAAGACAGUGAGGAGAGGUUGCGAAGACAGCAGGAGGAGAAGGAUAGUCAGAUGAAGAGCAUCAUUAGCAGGUUGAUGGCUGUUGAGGAGGAGCUGAAGAAGGACCAUGCCGAGAUGCAGGCGGUUAUUGACACUAAACAGAAAAUAAUUGACGCACAGGAAAAAAGAAUCCUGUCUUUGGACUCGGCCAACACGCGGCUCAUGAGUGCCCUAACGCAAGUGAAGGAACACUACAGCAUGCAGGCUCGGAACGGCAUCUCCCCCACCAACCCCACCAGGCUUUCCAUCACGGAGAACGGUGAAUUUAAAAACAGCAGCUGCUAACUGCAACUUAUCCCACCUGCCAGUUGCCAGCUCCUCAUCUUGGUACAGAGAAAUCUCUAUCCUUCUAAUAACUUAGAUUCCAACAGAGUUGGGAGGAAAGAGAGGUGACACAAGUUCUUUCACAAUCAUUCUGCUGCUUCCUGGGCCUUAACAAGAAGGUCAUCUUACAGGACUGUUUCCUCCCCUUUCCUUUGUUUCGUUUUGUUUCGUUUGCAAUGUUAGCUUUGAAUAAUUUAUUUUGAUAUGGUUUCCCCCUUAACACAAUACCUUGUUUCCCCGUUCCCCUCUCUAAGCCUGUAUUUUUAUGCCAGUAAUGCUGGACCACUUCUGCAUUUCAUUGUCUGGGUUUGUUCUAAAGAAGAUUUAUUUUUGUUCUGUGAAUAUUUUUGAACAGUUUCUUGUAUAUGUACAGAUAUAGAUACAUUUGAAGUCUUUUAUUGAUAUUCCUACAAAGAAUUACAAAAUAAACUUUAACUUUAAACACUUU